AACAUUUCCACACUCAAGAAACCGAAACUCAACAGUUUCAGCAUGCGUUCUCAUUUUCGGUAACCUCUGAAGCAGCCUGAAGUUUCCGUUGCGUUAUUUCGGUUAUUGCUGUACGGCCACCGCCAUGCAAACACCUCAAAUAACUAUUCCACCUCCGCCACCACCGCCACCGCCUUCGCUAUCAGUGUACAGGCGAAGCGGUGAGGGCAACGCCGGUGAUGUCAAACCACAUACUGCCGUCCUCGGCGUGCUUGAAGGGCAACUUCAUCGCAUAACGGCCGGCUCUGAAGAGGCGAUCGUCGUGUCCAGGAUGUCACCGUUAAGACCCGUUCUUCAAGACGGACCACAAUGUGGACUAGUAGCACUUAGCAUGGCCUCACAGCUACUCCGGGAUCAUCCAGUGAGUGUCGACGAUCUUUACGAAAAGGCCAAGUCGCUUCAGUUCACCAAAAAAGGAGAGAUGUUUUCAGUUCAAAACAUGAAGACUUUGGCCGAGACGUGUCUGAAAAAUCCUUCCUCUAAGAUUGUGCGCAGCGAGCAUCGGCAAAGAGAACUUGUCAGACACUUGCUCGAGGGGAAGCCAUCACUAAUACCGUACGAUUCUGACGGCAAUUUUGAACCCUGCCUGAAACAUGGACACACGGCACACUGGGCUGUCCUUCAUGGAAUCUGCAUGGUUCUACAAUCAUCUUGUAUUGAAGGCACACUGGAGGACAUUACAGACAUGGACUCGAAGUGCUCGAAGAUUUUCCAUAUCCGUAACAUCAUCCCCGAAGAAGCUUUAUUGGAACUCGCCCAGCUAGCUGAGAGCCCAGAGGCCAGUGUGUUUGUUUAUGCCAGUCAGGGAAAGAGCAGGCAUGUCGGUUUGUGGGAACUGGAGUUGCUUCUGAAAAGCAAUGAUAACCUAGCGCAUUUCACGCCAAAGCAUGAUGUCUCCGAGUUCGUGGUCCCAGAAGGGGGUGUUGCCGAAGGGCUAUCUGGUCAAGUGCUUCUUUUCACGUAGUGAAAGAUCCUGGUGGAAUGUUGAGUAAUUUAAGUUAAUGCAAAGGUAUAGCUAGGCAAGUUUGUGUGAAUCCUUCUCGAGACAAGCAACUUUAGCUGUUGGUUCCCAUCUUGUCCGUGUCAUUAUCUGUUAUCUCACACUAAUCUAAGCAAAAUAGCAGAGGCAAGGCAGUUCAGUAUGAAUCUGUCUUGAGACUACGUAGUGACAAAAGUUUAGUUGUUGACCUACGCUCAUGUUCUUAUCUCAUCUGAGUCACUGUCUUUCACUAAACCGUCUAUCCCAUUCACAUUCUAUGUGCACACCUUCGAUGUGGCUCAUUACAUUUGGCAUGGGCUUGCCCGGCACCAACCUUGUAGCUGCUGGAUGUCUACUGCGCCCUCUAGCUGAGGCCAGUUGCAGCAGAAAGCAGCGUGCCUUCCUCCUCACCCCUUGGCCUGCCAAACAAAGUGCUUGAGCUCGGCAGGCUUUGUGGAGCUCCCUGCCCAAGCUGUUUUCACUGUGGUGCUUGUGAAACGCUAGAACAUUUAUUUAUCAAGUGAAUGUCCAGCCCUCUCCAGUGCCAGAGAAAAUAUAAGCAAGGUAUUUAAACCUCAAUAUAAUGAAGUUGGUAAAAUUGGCACUUUACUUUGUUAUAUCAAAAUUUGUUUCUACUGAAAUUCGCCAUUUUAUGCUAAUAAGUGUGGUUGCCGGCAAAGUUUUCUUACACAGAAGGGGCCGUAAAAUAAAAUUUUCCGAAUUAUCGGGCAACCGAACAAAACAACAAAUUUCAUUGAGAAAAAAAAUCAUUUAUUGGAACUUGAGAGUUGGUGACCAAAGAUACAAUUUCAUGCCGCGUCGAUCGGUGGUACAAAACUAAGUUUGUGAAGCUCCACCGCAGCUGAUAGUGGUGCUCGCAGUGGGACGACACUAUCAUGAAAAGGACAGGUAGAGUGGAGCGAAUGCUUCAACACAUCUCCGAAACUCGAGAUUACGCGACCGCCAGCACUAAGCGCGUGGAAAGAUGGCGCACAUGAAGGCACGGCCAUUUUGGGUCACCCAGCGUUUGCACCUGGCGCAGGUUACCUUCAAGAUAGGGCGCGCGGGUUGCAUAUGCGCUCAGCCAUACGCAGCCAUGGCUGUUCUAGAGGUGGAGGCGCAGGCUCACCUACCCUCCCCUUGCUCAUUCGUGAAGACGGCGUGCAUCAAGCCACCCUCUCUUGCUCACCCUUGAACCCACAGCAUACAGUGUGGGGCACGACAGGAUGUUAUCGCAUUUAGACUCAAUACUGAACAUGAUGACGAAAAGGUCCACGUUGGUGGCCGCUCGCGAUUUGAGAGGUGCAUUCGGAAGCAGCCGCAUGUAAUUAAACCAUUUGCCCACCUGCAUGCGUGGCCAUCUGUUCAUAGCCUCGGUAUGACAUCGGGUCGGCAGGGAAAUUUCGUUAUAUUGAAAUUGAUGCAUACACGCAGUUCAUUGUAUUGAGGUUCAAAAUACAUGGUGUUCUACAUGGAGAAGUUAUGAAAGGUUCAAUACUUCAUUAUAUUGAUGUUCAUUAUGUCGAGGUUUAACUGUAUAUUGCACCCAACACUUGCCUUGCUUGUCCUUCCUGGAAAUACUUCACCCCUCAGGGUUCAUAGCUAAGCACAAGCUAUACUCUGUUUCAUACAUAGCAGGAAACGGCAUGGAAGCUAUGCAAGUAGUGCAGCCACAGAAGUCUCACUCUAUGCAUUUUGCAAUGCAGUUGUUCUUGAUCUGCAACAUUUCCUACGAAGUAACUAUUUCAUGUAUUACAACUACAACUUGUGGACACAAGUUUACGUCAAAUCACAUAUUACUUGCGCUUAUUUGUGCUUCUAGUAAGCGACGUACCACGUUUUGGUCGCGGGCGCAAGCGAUGCGCUGUGAAGGCUGGUUGCAGAAACAUGUUACUCUGCUUGUUUGGCGGUACAUAGAUUUAAAUCUCCAAUGCCCCUCAUAUAAUGAAUAGGUCAUAUUUAGAGGUGUAAAAGUAUGAGACAUAAUUUUACAUCGAAUUGCAUGGUGCAUCUUCAUAUGUGACGCACUACUUUUUGUUCGUGGAUGCAAACAGUGCGGGAAGUCUGACCAGCCUUAAUAGCGUUGUGUGCUGUGUACGAAACAGAGUGCGUUGACUUUUGCUUUGCUUCCUGAAAGAAAGACUCAAGUCUGUGCUUCCUGGGUGCACCCAAUAUUGCCGGCAUCUUCCAGUCAGAUUUAGGUAUGACACAUCUUGCCCCCCUUUUUGUUUUCCUCUCCCUAGUGCAGUUCUUUUAAGGUGUCCUCUUGUGGGAGACAGUUAACUGUGCUGCAUCUCUCCCCACAUUUCUUCUACACUACAAUAAGAAUUUGAGCUAACAAGGAAAGACAACAGAGCGAGUUAGUAUGGAUGUGUUUUGAGACUAGUGAGUAUAAUUGUCAGUCAACACUCUUGCUCUCUUCUCAACCUUCAGAGGUUUUGUCUUAGAGAAUGUGGUCCUACUUGUGUUGUGAAUGUCGUUUCUCACAUAGGGCCAGAGCAUUUUUAACAGGUAGUCAUUUGUAUGAUGUAUUUGUAAGUGCAUAUAUUUAUACAGGUUGGGUGCCUUACAUAUGAGCUACUCAAAACAGGGAAGCAUAUAUAUGUAGUAGCUUGCUGCUCACUGGCUCAGAUUUCUGUUGUGCUAAUAAACUGAAUUGAGGUAAA